CAUGCUCAUUUGAAUGGCUGUAUCAGUUCUGCCACCAUGAAGAAACUUAUGGCCCAGAAGCCCUACCUUCAGAUCCAGAAUGGGAUGACUAUGAUUGACAAAGGAAAGAAAAGAACCUUAGAUGAGUGUUUUCAAAUGUUUCAGAUCAUCUAUCAGAUUACCACUAGGACUGAGGAUAUUUUACUGAUAACUAAAGAUGUUAUUAAAGAAUUUGCUGAUGAUGGUGUCAAGUAUCUGGAAUUGAGGAGCACUCCUAGAGAAGAAAAGUCCACAGGUAUGACCAAAAGGAUGUAUGUUGAAACUGUACUUGAAGGUAUAAAGCAGUGUAAAGAAGAAGGCUUGGAUAUAGAUGUAAGAUUGUUAAUAGCAAUAAAUAGAAGAGGUGGCCCGGCAGUUGCUAAGCAGACUGUUAAACUUGCUGAAGAGUUCCUUCUUUCCACUGAUGGGGUUGUAGUAGGACUUGACCUUAGUGGUGACCCCACCGCAGGACACGGUCAAGAUUUUUUGGAACCGCUUUCAGAAGCAAAAAAAGCAGGUCUAAAGCUGGCAUUGCAUCUUUCAGAGAUUCCAAACCAAGAAGAGGAGACCAGAAUUCUCCUGGGCCUGCCUCCUGACAGAAUUGGACAUGGAACAUUUCUCAACUCUGCAACAGCAGGUUUAGAAGAGUUAGUGCCCCUUGUUCGACAGAAUCAUAUACCUAUUGAACUUUGCAUGACGUCAAACAUCAAAACACAGACGGUGCCUUCCUGUGACAAACACCAUUUUGGAUACUGGUACAACAUAGGCCACCCUGCAGUGCUUUGUACUGAUGAUAAAGGCGUCUUUGCAACGGAUCUAUCGCAAGAAUACGAGCUGGUUGCAAAAACAUUUAAUCUGACUCGAUCACAGAUGUGGGAUCUUUCCUAUGAAUCCAUCAACUAUAUCUUUGCUUCAAGUGGAGUAAAAUCAAAGCUAAAGGAACAGUGGUGUAAACUGAAGCCAACCCUGUUUGAUUAAUGAAAGCGUUGUUCUAAACAGCUUGGGUGUGAAGCUUAGUUA